GGUGUGUCUUUACUGCACGUAUGAGUCAGGAAGCAGGUUAUUUACGUCUUCGUGUAUUCUUUUAAAAUCUCUUAAAGUCACUCGACUCUGACCUUGUCCGCGGUAAGAGGCUCUAACAUCUGCUUUGAACCAACAACACCGCUAUUACACGACACUGGUGGCAACAUGACAGUGUUUGAAAACUGCACUGUGGUGUUAGAUGUGAAAAAUGUGCCUUUUAAAGAGAAGAAUAAACUGAGAUUAGCUCUUCUGGAGAAUGGAGGAAACAUCUCUUAUGUCAUCAACAAAGAGUGCUCUUUUGUAGUCACUAGCAGUGUGAAUGAUCUGAGCAGUAACCGGCAGCGCAGCAUCCAGAAGCUGCAGAUCCCAGUGGUCGGGACGCAGUAUGUGUGGAGCAGUCUGGACCAAGGGCAUCUCCUGCCUUUGAUGGAGCAUAAUUUGACCCCACAGCUGCCAUAUCCCGCCUCUGAAUUCCUCCCUCCUUCAGAGAUAAAAGUGUCAACACGCAUACCAAGAAAAGAGACGUUCAAAGGUCACCCUGAACUCCCAAAGACUGAAGCUGAGAUUCUUGAGAAGGGUGGACCCCGUCCUGGCAGGUUCAGAGUUUACAAAGAAGGCGACCAUGACCUGCCUGAAUUUCCUUCAUAUUUUCAAGUGGCCAAGUAUUCAGUUUUUGAGAGGGUCAAACCCAAGACUUUGUCUGUUCUGGAGCUGCAGAGUGCCAAAGGCCGAGCAGGCCAGCAAUAUCGUGUGUUGUGUUCAGUCUUGCGUGAAGCUGAGACCGAAGUGGUUCAGGACAAGCUUGUGUUCUGCGUGACGUCUGAAGAUGCAGUGGAAGCAUAUCUGCAGCUGAUAAAGGAGAUGGAGACCGAGGGAUCCACAAAGACACGCACACUUCCCCCUGAGAUUGAGCGCUUGGCAUCCUACAGUCUGAAGCAGCUGCUGUUGGAGGAAAAGCUGAACUGCAGCACAUUGUCACAGGAAGUUGGUGUUUUUGUGGAGCUGGUUUGGACUGAAGCUCUCGGUUCCCUUAAUAACAUCCUGAAAGUCCCUGUCUCCAGAAUAAGCCUCAAUGAUGUGAGCAGGGUCGAGGGACUGUUACUGCAGGCACAAAAGACUAAGAAAGAGGAUGAAGUCAAAGCCCUUCUGGAGGAGGUCAACACUCUUCUACCCCUCAGAAUGACCGACCCUCCUUCCAAACACAAGCUCGUGUCUCAGAAACUAGACCUUUGUCAGCUGAUCAGAGAUAUUGUAAAUGUGAGUGAGGCCACUCUGGGAAGCCCCUUACCCUCGUCUCUGGGAAAGUAUCGAGCUCUGAGGUGCAGCAUUGAGGUUGUCCCACCACAAAACCCUGAGUUUCAUGUUGUCUCUCAACUGCUUCAGGACAGGCCUGUUCAGAUUCAGCAGAUACUGCGUGUCAGCAGAGGGGUGGAGCUUCAGUUGUUUAUGGAGGAUUUAGGCAACAUUAAACCCCUCCUACACUCCUCUAGUCCCAGCAGUUUUGUUGGAAUACUGUCACGAGGUCUGCUGCUGCCCAGGGUUGGAGUCGAACAGCAUGGAAUUGAGAGAACGGAUAUCGGGAAUCUUGGAGGAGGAAUCUACUUCAGUGACUCUCUGAAGACUAGUUUGAAAUACUCCAAGCCCAGUGUGACUGACGGCUCUCGGCUGCUGCUGGUGUGUGAAGUGGCGUUGGGUCGGUGUAAGGACCUGCUGAAAAAAGACACCACUUUGACUCGUGCUCCUGACGGCUACCACAGUGUACAUGGAGUCCAACGCACUCCCAACAGACUCUCUGAAUUUGAGGAUGAUGAGUUUGUCGUCUAUAACACAGAGCAGAUCAGACUGAAGUAUGUUGUGCAGUACAGUCUGGAGGGAGACGAGUCAAAAGAGUUUCAGCCUCAGAUCAACACUCAGCUCACGGACACAAUACCUGAUAUCUUGUCCAGUGAUGACAGUGAGGGUUUGGAGUCCACUAAGAAUCCUCUGGAGGAGAUGAACGCAGGUUUGCUGGACAGCCGUGGUCAGAAACUUCCUCUGAAGGCCGUCAAUGUGAGGUGCAAGCUGGUGGACCUGCUGUGUCAGGUCAUCAUAUUUCAGACCUACACAAACCAGAAUGAUUUUCCCAUUGAGGCAAAGUAUGUCUUUCCACUGGAGGAGACGGCAGUAGUGUGUGGAUUUGAAGCCUUUAUCAAUGGAAAACAUGUCAUUGGAAAGGUAAAGGAAAAGGAGCAGGCUCGUAAGGAGUACAAGCAAGCCAUAGAGAUGGGUCAUGGAGCCUACCUGAUGGACCAGGAUGCACCUGAUGUAUUUACUAUCAGUGUGGGGAAUCUUCCUCCUGGAGCCACAGUUCUGAUCAAGGUGACGUUCAUCACUGAGCUGGUGGUCCGGUCAGGCUCUAUAAUCUUCUCACUGUCUGGCAGCGUGGCACCAUGGCAGCAGAGCGCGGCACUUAAUCAGACAACUCAGGCCACUGUUGAAAAGAUUGGUGUGAUGGAGCUUCAGUCAGUGGGGGAGUUUUCUCUGUCUAUGUCCAUUGAAAUGCAUCAUGAGAUCAUCAACUUGAGCUCUUCACACCGCAUCAGAUCCAAGAGGACAGACUGUAAGGCAGUGAUCCACACGUUACCGGGACAGACGCUGGGAUCUGAAGGGUUACAGGUGUCCUUUAGUCUUUCUAAUAUCCACAUGCCCAGGAUGUGGGUGGAGAACCAUCCAGAUAAAAAUAGUCAGGCCUGCAUGCUGGUGUUUUAUCCAGACUUUAAGUCAAGUGGGGUGUCCACCUCUGGAGGUCUGUCCAGUGUGAAUGAUGUGGUCAUUCUUCUGGACUCUUCCAAGUCCAUGCAGGGAGAUGCCAUGCUUAACGCUCGCAGGAUUGCCCUUCAAGUUCUCAAAUCUCUAGACCGCUCACUGAAGAUCAACAUCAUCUCUUUUAGCACUGAUUACCAGGAAGCUUUUCCUGCACCAGUGUCUUUAGAUGAGGCAUCUGAAGCUGCCAGAAAAUUUAUCAUGUCGUGUGGCAGCUCUGGUGGCGGCACUGAUCUGUGGCGGCCUCUCCGUAGUCUGAGUCUGCUGCCUCCGUCCCGGGGCAUGAGGAACAUCCUGCUGCUCUCUGAUGGACAUGUUCAGAACCAGCCUCUGACCCUACAGCUGGUCCGAGAAAACUCCUGCCACAUGCGCCUCUUCACCUGCGGACUCAGCUCGACAGCUAAUCGUCAUAUGCUCAGAGCUUUGGCUCAGGCAGGUGGAGGAACAUAUGAAUUUUUUGACACAAAGAUGAAACACACUUGGGCAGAAAAGGUGCGCGCUCAGGUUCAGCGAAUGGAGUCUCCCGGCUGCAGAUCAGUGACAGUGAAGUGGCAGCAGUUUAAUCCCACAGCGCCGCUUCCUGUUCAAGCCCCCUCACAGCUUAACGCUCUCUUCAGUGACUGUCACUCUCUGGUGUACGGCUUUGUGCAACACUGCACUCAGGCCACACUGUUUGGUGAUUUGAAUGGACAAGAGAUCAAAACAAUGGUGUCCACCACAGAACUACAAAAGUCCAAGGGAACUUUCCUUCACAAGUUAACAGCAAGAGCAAUCAUCAGAGACUAUGAAGAUGGCAUUCUAGCUAACAGUGAGGCUGAACAUGAGGGGAAGAAAGCAGAGCUAAAGUCCUACAUCAUUGAGCUCAGUAAAGAGUUCUCCAUCCUAUCCCAGUUCACAAGCUUUGUUGCCAUUGAAGAGAGGCAGCAGAAUGAGCUUGACACUGGUUUCACAGAUAUUCCUAAAAUCAUAUCACAGGAAGAUGUGGAUAUUUUGCCAUAUAUGGGCUGGACUGAAGAAAAGCUGGAGGCUUUGGAUAUUAGUAGGGCUGAAUAUGAUACAGCAUUAGAGGGAUGGUGCAGUAGUUCCACAUCUAAAGAUCUCCUGGGUUCUGCUUGUGUAGCAGAUGAUUUUGUUGUUGAUUUAAAGGAUGAAUAUGAAUAUAUUGAUAGGUUUAUGCCUUCAGCUCGCCCUUCUCAACCUCAUAGAACCAGUAGCUCCUGGCAUCCUUCACGUUUUGAAAGUAGCACUAAUGCUUUCAGAAAAAGUCUGAAAAAAUCGAGUCCAACAUUUCCCCUUUACCCUGCCGCAAAGGCUGCUUCCAGGCCUAUAGCUGCUCGACCUGAAAUACCAGUGGAAGUUCUCUGCAAGGCUAGCAAGAUUUCUCCUCCUCCUUCUUUUCCUCCUCCUCCUCCCCAUAGAGGUGCCUCCAUGAGUGACAGGCUUCCCCCUUCAGCUGCCAACCAGGUUAUUGCCUGUAUGCCCCCUCCUCCUCCUCCUCCAUGUGGUGGUGCCUCCAUGAGUGACAGGCUUCCCCCUUUAGCUGCCAAACAGGUUAUUGCCUGUAUGCCUCCUCCUCCUCCACCUCCUCAUAGAGGUGCCUCCAUGAGUGACAGGCUUCCCCCUUCAGCUGCCAACCAGGUCACUGCCUUUAUGCCUCCUCCUCCCUCGGUGGAACGUCACUCCAGUAUUCGUCGGACUAUCCCUCCUUCCGCUGAUUUCAAGAUGUCCAGAACUGAGGUCUUGAUCAAACGUUACACCGCUCCCCCACCACCUCCACUCCCGCUUUGUUCAUAUGAGCCUCCUCCCUCUGAUCUUCUUGGUUUUGAAUCAGAGUGUUUCAUAGAAGAAGGCUUUGAUUCGCUUACAAAAAGGAGUCCAAUGGUUUCCUCUGCAACAGAGUUUGCCACUGAGCUUCAUGACUCAACUCCUUCUACCUGUGCAGAUCCUCCUCGCGACGCAUCUCAGCAAUUCAUGUCCAUGACUCCAAUCCGUUCUUCCCCUCCUGCUAUUGCUCGCAGGAUGAGCGGAUCUUUUUUCGGGAGUUGCAGUGCUGGUGGCUCCAUUGCCUUUGCACCACCCUCUCGUGCUGCACCUGAAUGCUUUGGUUCCCUCAGAAGUAGGAAUAAACAUUUGGAUUUUAGGUCCUCAGCUCCUAGAGCACUGCGAAAACUAAAAAAAUCUAUAAGCAGACCAGACAAAGUGGCCUGGAAUGAUCUGUUUGAGCUUCAGCAUGAGGAUGGAUACUGGGAGUGCACUGACAGGCUGAGCAGCUUCCUUAACCUGGAUGUAGACUUUUUUGCAAAUGUCUUCCUUCAAGAGAAAGGCAUCUGUUCCUUAGGUGUGAAGGCUCAUGCUGAAAUUCUGAGGCUGGUGGCGACUCUGCUGGUGCUGCAGCUGAUCCGGGUGAAGAAGCUGGAAGUGGGACGGCUGCUUGAGUCUCUCCUCCGACUAAAAGAGUCCCAGGAGCCCAGACCGAUGUACUGGGAGGCAGUGAAGAGGGCCAUGGACUGGGCCUGCCGGACUGACAGACAGUAUCCGUGUGUUUACAGCCGGCUUGAGAUCGGCCGGGAUUGGGAAUCAUCUACACGUCAACUACUGGGCUAUGAUUCUCCACACCCAUAUUCCCCACUCAAACCUGUUCUAGACAGACGUAUUAGUCUUGUAGAAACUGGAGCUUAACUGCUUAAUAUUUGAAAAAUAUCUUUAUGAGUCUUGGAGAGCUUUAAAGUGCCCUCAUAACUGUAUUUCUGUAAACUCUCUCUCAUCACAUUAUUGGGUGGAAAAUAAAUUAGUAAACCUUAACAUACCUAAGCAUAAUUAAACCCACAAAAUAUGAAAAAUAAAUACAAAAACUAAUAAGAAAAUGAAUUACAAUAUAGUCUGUUGACUUGCAGAAAGCUGUUUUAGCAUUUAAACCAAAAAAUAUUUUGUGAAACGUUUUCUUGUGUGUAUGUGCUGUCUUUUUUUAAAUAAAUGAAAUGAAUUAAAAUAAAUAUAUUGUUCCAGUAAACAACAGCAUCUCAA